GACUUGUGCAAUCAGCAAGUUAGGAUGAGCUGGUGGCUUGGAUGACAGUGUUUUCGCUGGAGCAGGAAAAUCGACAUCUGGUAUACUUUUUAAACACAAGGCUUUUGGCGAUAGAAAGGAAUUAAUUUAAAUUAUUUUUUAAACCGCUGGGCAUGAAAUAAUUUAUUUUAACCACGUUAACGUCCGUUAUCACAGGUUCAUGCGGCCCUGUCGAGGUAGGGUUAGUUCCGAUACCCUUGGUUUUACGGGUGGCCUGUGUUCGGGAUGCUGGUAAAUAGUGUUUCUAAAUAGUACAUAGCUGCACUGCUAUUUAAAUGAAAUAUAUGUUUAUGCAUGUAUACGCUUUUUUGGUUGGUCUGUUUUAAAAAAAUCUUAAUAAAGUUUAAAAUUAACGCUGUAGCAAACUUUAUAAGGAAAAUUAUCUAGAGAUAAUAUAUAUUUUUUUCAAUCGUAUUGCCUCUGUGGGCAAGUUUAAAAUAGGGCACCAUCUCAGACUAAACACAUUUUGAGCUGUACUAUUGACCCGGACUUGUUCAACCUGCUUUUAAAGGUAAAUUCAUCACUUAACCGUUUCAUUGGUGAUUUGCCUUCGUUUCACGAGUGAGGCUCUGUGCUAGCUGCACAUUCAGUACUUUUUACUAGUUCAAUUACCAUAGAUAACAAAACAAUUACCAGUUAAACGUCACCAUACAAGUUAGCACGUCACAAACUAGUUAGGGUUUGCGUUGAGCAGCGUGCUUAAUCCCUAUCCCGGCUCGGGUCCGACCCAGCAGCAUGCCCGUGACCAACAAAUACAUGGGCGCCUGCGCUGAGUCCGCGCAGCCAUCACAACUCGAGAGCAACGAUGAUCCAGCGCAGCCCCCGGCUGAAUUGAGAGACGAAGGGGCGAGUGGGGACAGAGGUGGCGGCGAAAACCCUGGUGACUCUGAGAUUGUCAAAUCGCCAAGUGAUCCCAAACAUUACAGGUAUAUUAAAUUGGACAACGGCCUGCAAGCUCUCCUGAUCUCAGAUUUGAGUGGCACAGACGGGAAGCAGUCAGACUCUGAGGAAGAAGAGGACGACUCUGAGGAAGACGGCAGCGGGGAGGAGGAUGCAGCGGAAGAGGACGGUGACUCUGGGGAGGGAACUGAAGAAGAGUCGGAGCACGAAGAGGAUGAGCAGGAUAGUGACUUUGAAGAGCUGGAGGAUGAGAGUGAUGUGAAGAAGAAAAAGAGCUGUUCUGAAAAACAGUCCGCAGCUGCCCUCUGUGUUGGAAUCGGAGGUUUCAGUGAUCCAGAUGACCUGCCGGGGCUAGCACAUUUUCUUGAACACAUGGUGUUCAUGGGCAGUGAGAAGUACCCGACUGAGAAUGGUUUUGACGCUUUCCUGAAGAAACAUGGCGGUAGCGACAACGCCUCCACAGACUGUGAGAGAACAGUGUUCCAGUUCGACGUGCAGAGGAAAUACUUCAGGGAGGCACUGGACAGGUGGGCUCAGUUUUUCAUCUCUCCGCUGAUGAUCAAGGAUGCCAUCGGCAGGGAGGUGGAGGCAGUGGACAGCGAGUACCAGCUUGCCAGACCAUCUGAUAGCCAUAGGAAGGAGAUGCUCUUUGGAAGUCUGGCCAAGCCUGGGCACCCUAUGGGCAAGUUUUGCUGGGGGAAUGCACAGACUCUGAAACACGAGCCAAAGGAGAAGAACAUCGACAUCUACACUCGGCUGAGAGAGUUCUGGGAGCAGCACUACUCUGCCCACUACAUGACCCUGGCUGUGCAGUCUAAAGAGACUCUGGAUACACUGGAAGAGUGGGUGAGAGAGAUCUUCAGCAAGAUUCCAAAUAAUUCUUUGCCCAAGCCAGACUUUUCUCAUCUAGUUGACCCAUUCGAUACGCCAGCCUUUAACAAACUGUACAGAGUUGUACCUGUCCGGAAGAUUCAUGCCCUGACUAUCACCUGGGCACUCCUUCCCCAGGAACGUCAUUACAGGGUGAAGCCGCUGCACUUUAUCUCCUGGCUGAUUGGUCACGAGGGUAAAGGCAGCAUUCUGUCUUUGCUCAGGAAAAAGUGCUGGGCGCUUGCUUUGUACGGCGGGAACAGUGAGACUGGUUUCGAUCAGAACUCCACCUAUUCUAUCUUCAGCGUCUCCAUCACUCUGACUGACGAAGGCUACCGGAAUUACUACCAGGUUGCUCACUUAGUUUUCCAGUAUCUGAAAAUGCUUCAGAAGAGUGGCCCCCAGAAGAGAAUCUAUGAUGAAAUUCAGAAGAUUGAGGAUAAUGAAUUCCAUUACCAGGAACAGACUGAUCCCAUUGAUUACGUAGAGAAUGUAUGUGAGAAUAUGCAGCUCUUCCCAAAGGCAGAUAUUUUGACUGGAGACCAGAUAAUGUUUGAGUAUAAACCUGAGGUUAUCGCUGCUCCCCUGAACCUGCUCGUACCAGACAAAGCCAACCUGCUGCUGCUAUCUCCCAACAACGAGGGCAGCUGCCCGUUGAAGGAGAAAUGGUUUGGCACCCAGUACAGUGUGCAAGAGAUAGAGAAGGAGUGGAGUGAGCGGUGGUCUGGAGACUUUGAACUGAACCCUGACCUGCACUUGCCAGUCGAGAACAAGUUUAUUGCCACGGAUUUCAGCCUUAAGACAUCUGAUUGCCCAGAUACAGAGUAUCCGGUGAAAAUCGUCAACAACGAGAAAGGCUGCUUGUGGUACAAGAAGGACAAUAAAUUUAAGAUUCCCAAGGCUUAUAUUAGAUUCAACCUAAUCUCCCCACUGAUACAGAAAUCUCCAGAGAACCUGGUUUUAUUUGACAUCUUUGUCAAUAUUCUGGCACACAACCUGGCAGAGCCUGCCUAUGAAGCUGAUGUUGCACAGCUGGAGUACAAAUUAGUGGCUGGCGAGCAUGGAUUUGUCAUUAAAGUCAAGGGAUUUAACCAUAAACUACCUCUGUUGUUUAAUUUGAUUAUUGACUAUCUGGCCGAUUUUACUGCUGCCCCUGAUGUUUUCUCAAUGAUCUCUGAGCAACUGAAGAAAACUUACUUCAACAUUCUCAUUAAACCAGAUAAACUGGGCAAGGAUGCCCGGCUGCUGAUCCUGGAGCACUCGCGCUGGUCCAUGAUCCAGAAGUACCAGGCCGUCAUGAAGGGCCUAAGCGUGGAGAUGCUCAUGUCCUUCGUUGGCAAGUUCAAGUCUCAGCUUUACGCAGAAGGGAUGGUGCAGGGGAACUUCACCAGCAGAGAAGCAAUGGAGUUCCUGCACUAUGUUAUACAGAAACUGCAGUUCCAGCGCCUGUCUGUAGAGGUCCCUGUUCACUUCAGAGUGGUGGAGUUACCAAAGGUGCCCCACCUUUGUAAAGUGAAGUCUUUGAACAAGGGGGAUGCCAACUCGGAGGUCACUGUUUACUAUCAGGCGGGCCCCAGGAACCUGAGGGAGCACACCUUGAUGGAGCUGCUUGUGAUGCACAUGGAGGAGCCUUGCUUUGACUUCCUGAGAACGAAGGAGACUCUUGGGUACCACGUCUACCCCACCUGCAGAAAUACUUCAGGGGUUUUGGGAUUCUCUGUAACCGUGGAAACCCAGGCAACCAAAUUCAACACCGAGGAAGUUGACAAAAAAAUUGAAGAAUUUCUCACCAGCUUCGGAGAGAAGUUAGCUAGCCUCACAGAUGAAGCAUUCAGAACACAGGUGGUUGCCCUGAUCAAGCUGAAGGAGUGUGAGGACACUCACCUGGGUGAGGAGGUUGACAGGAACUGGUUUGAAGUCGUCACUCAGCAGUAUGUGUUUGACCGGCUGAAUCGUGAGAUCGAGGCCCUCAAGUUGAUCACAAAGUCUGAGUUGGUGUCCUGGUUCAUGGAGCACCGCGGGGCUGGCAGCAAGAAGCUGAGCAUGCAUGUGGUUGGUUAUGGAGAGAAGGAGAAUGACACUGCCAGCAGCUCCAGUCCUCCAGACUCGCAGAGCUCCUCUUAUGGAGAGGUGUCCCAGCUGACAUUCCUUCCUGUCUCCCCGAUAAUGGCAGACGUUACCGCAAUCACCGACAUCCGCGCCUUUACCUCUACCCUGCACGUCUAUCCCUUCCACAAGAUCCUCAAGUAGAGUGCCUGCUCUCCCAGGCAGCCAGGUGUGGGCUACACAGCUCCUCAAAGAUUAGCAUUCCUCAGCGUGCAACAACAACAGGCUAGCAAGUACUAGUAUCUGGCAACUCUGCAAAUUAAAACAUCGUCUUCUAGGCACAUUGACCUUUCUCUUUCCUCCCUUUGUGCUGUGAAUUAUAAUCUUUUUUAAUUAGAAAGUGGCGAGUUUUUGCUGUGCAGCCCUGCUUGCUUUGGGGAUCUACUUCCUCAGGGAUGAGAUUGCAGAGGGGAUGAAGGAUGGGUCAGGAUUAAUCCAGAGGCGUGUUGAAAACGAUAUAUGAUAAACCAGGAGUAGACUUUGACAUGCUGCAGUGUUUCAACAGUGACUGUUGAUAUUACAUUAAAAAAGGGUGCUGUUGAAAUAUAUAUAUUUUUUUUUUUUUUUUGUGGGACUAUAUUGAAUAAGCCUUAGUCGGUAUCUGUGUAAUGCCAGUCCACGUUCAUUAGAAGUGAUAGGCUUGUGCUGAAGUUACCAGGAUUGAACCACCCCACUGACGCUUUCGAAAGUUUUCAACCCCACUUCAAUGCUGUCUCUUCUAAACCAGAAUUAAGGAAAAACCUUUGCUGUGUCAAAUGCUUUAUGCUUCGGUUUGUCAAGGCGUUCAUCAAAGCUGGUUUUAAGUUUCUUACAGUUCUCAUGCUGGUUGUGAAGGUUUUCCUUGUUGCUUUGAUCAUGGAUGCUGAUGAUGGUAAUUGAAUUGAGAUACUUUCAGAUUCAAAACACAAGGACUUUUAAGGACCAUCACCAUUUCAUUUGUAAUCAAUAAAAAAAAAUCCUAGUUAAUUCAAUCCCCCAAAAUGCAAGGUCUCUUUUUUGGAGAGCAUGGUUUUUGCAUACUUGUCAUUGGUUGGUGUAUAUGUAAUAAGAUGGUUAAAAAGAAUAGUGAUGAACUGAAACAGGUUUUUGUAGUAGGACAGCUGCAGGUGUGUGUUUGUAUCUCUUGGUUGGUAUUUAUUCUGAGAUGAAUAUUUACAACUGUUCCACUGCAAUCAAUACCUUGAAAUCUGCUCAGAUAUCCUGUUAAGAGCAAGGACAGUAGAAGGUUGGUGAGCAUAAAAAGGCUCUCUUCUUUUUUCUUCCAUUACCUUACUAGGCAGAAAACUGAUACGCAUUUAAUUUUCUUCUUAUUAUUCAUUGGGUGUGCCAACUUCCAGUCUGGGAUGAAAGAGAGCUUUACAUAAUUUUGUUUUUUGCUUUUGUGCCUUUGGUUUGAUAGGGGGGUUAUUUGUUAAAAAUGAAAAGUGUAAGACCUAAUCUUAAUUCUACCCUAGAAAUAGCAAUUCAAAUGUAAUAUUUAGGGGCAUAUACAUGUAUUAUUAAUAAUGCAGAUUUACUGACACACUUAUUCUUUACAAUAUGUUCUACUGUUAAAAAAUAGCAAUAUUUUGGGUCAUUAUGUAAUUUAUUCUUUAGUGUGUGUAAAAUGCAACAUUACCUUGAAGUCACAAGUACUUCCAAUAAUUACAGUACAUACUGUAAUGCUAACUUAUGGCAUAUGCAUUAACUUCAGCCUCACAUUAACUGUAAUGUUACUUUGAACUAUUGUAGAGAAAGUUGGUCUUAGAAUAAAUAAAGACUUACAAAGUAUUUAUUACAUAGGUUUACCUUCCAAAAAUUCAGUUGAGAGAUAAAUACAUUUGGAAGGUUAGGUUUAAGGGGACAAAGAUGGCGCACUGACAAAUCCUGAUGAUCACUCACCAGUUACAAACACACAUUGCACAUGAGUGGAUUAAACUGUACUUAAUUUUUUAUUUUUUUUUUCCUUUUAUUGAAAAUCGCCCUUUACUUUUGAAAGAGCAGGACACUCACUACUGUGGGACACAGGGAAUUUGUUCAUAAUUUAAAUCUGAUUUGUUGUAUAAUAAUCUGUUACCUAGCAACUCUAGGGGAUGGGCCGAGACCAUUUUUAUAUAUAUGCGCCUGCCCAGUUACUGCAUGUCACCUGUCUUAUCUGCACCUGCUUUGAGCUGAUAGCCAUCUCUUCACUUAAAUAUUUGUAGCUUUUCUUAAUGCAUCAAUUUUCUAUACAGUGUAUUCAAAUAGAAGUAUUUAUUCCACUUCCUUUGUCAGAUUUAUAGUCGGCAAUCUCUAGUGCGCCGUAGAGGAGGCAAGGACAGAGUGGUGUGUUGUGAACAUAGAUGACUACUUGACUUUGGCUGUAAGACUACUUUGUGCGAGUGGUAACGACAUGGUUUUGAGGAACACUGAGAACGUUGCACCAUCCUCAUCACUUCAAACAAGCACUUAGGAUUGCCUAAAACAAUACUGUUAUUAAGAGAUGCAGUGCUUGCUGACUGCUUUUAUAAAUCAUGGCAUCAGUUUAACUGUACUUUAUUAAAUUGGUUGUAAACCUG